AACAGUUGCGGCCGGAAGCCGUCCUGCGCUUCCGCUCUUCAUUCAGCCCGUCUCUGUUAAAAAGCCACCCUCUUCGCCUGUCCACCGAUAACAGCAUCAGAUCGACCGCCGAGCUGCGGAAGAAACGACGGCCGGCUCGCCCUCGCACGACCUUGGCGCCAAGAGCGGCAAGAUAGAUCUCGAGUUUUGAUCGACGCUUCCUCCAUCCGCUGCCUCCAUUCGAACCCUUCGGCUCAUUCUUGAAACCUUCGGAUCAUUCUUGUACCCUCGAAUUCCUCAUCUCCUGGAUUUCCAUCUCCAAUGGGAUCACCCAAGGCAUCGGCGGGUACUCUCCCUCUCAUCCUGGACAUCGACGAUUUCAAGGGAGAUUUCUCGUUUGAUGCGUUGUUUGGAAAUUUGGUGAACGAGCUUCUCCCCUCGUUCCAAGAAGACGAUGCCGAUGGCGCGGAUGGCGGAGGAGGGCAGGACGCGCUGUCGAAUGGCCCUAUGCGAGGGCUGCAGGGGACGGCGAUUCCGAUGUUCCCGGCGGUGGAGGAUCUCCUCGCGCUUUUCAAGGAUUCUUGCAAGGAGUUGGUUGAUCUCCGGCAGCAGAUCGAUGGAAGACUCCAGAAUCUGAAGAAGGAAGUUGAGGUCCAAGAUGCAAAGCACCGUAAGACGCUUGCUGAGCUUGAAAAAGGGGUAGAUGGUCUACAUCAAAGCUUUCAGAGACUGGACUCCAGAAUUUCUAGUGUGGGACAAACUGCUGCCAAAAUUGGGGACCAUCUGCAGAGUGCAGAUUCUCAGAGAAAAACUGCUAGUCAGACCAUUGAGCUUAUUAAGUACUUGAUGGAGUUCAACAGCAGUCCUGGUGACCUUAUGGAACUUUCACCUUUGUUUUCUGAUGACAGUCGUGUUGCUGAGGCUGCUUCAAUUGCUCAGAAAUUGCGAUCAUUUGCUGAGGAGGAUGUUGGAACACAUGGAAUUAAUAUGCCAUCAGCAGUGGGUGCUGCAAAUGCUAGUAGGGGUCUCGAAGUUGCAGUUGGAAAUCUUCAAGACUAUUGUAAUGAGUUGGAGAACAGAUUGUUAUCAAGAUUUGAUGCAGCAUCACAGAGGCGAGAAUUGUCUACGAUGGCAGAAUGCGCCAAGAUAUUAUCUCAGUUUAACAGGGGGACUAGUGCCAUGCAACAUUAUGUAGCUUCACGACCUAUGUUUAUCGAUGUAGAGGUUAUGAACACAGAUAUCAAUUUAGUUCUUGGUGACCAGGGUUUACAAGCUGGUCCUAGUAACAUUGCACGUGGCCUUUCUACAUUAUACAAAGAAAUAACAGACACUGUGAGAAAAGAGGCAGCAACGAUAAUGGCUGUUUUUCCAUCACCUAACGAUGUCAUGUCAAUUCUUGUGCAGCGGGUUCUAGAGCAACGAGUAAGUACAAUUCUGGACAGGUUACUAGAAAAGCCAUCCCUUGUGAAUUUACCUCCUGUCAAUCAGGGUGGCCUUCUUCUGUAUUUAAGAAUAUUUGCUGUGGCAUAUGAGAAAACAGAAGAUCUUGCUAAAGAAUUACAAUCUGUUGGCUGCGGUGACUUGGAUGCUGAAGGUCUCACGGAGUCGCUGUUUCUUCCACACAAAGACGAGUAUCCAGAAUAUGAGCAAGCAUCCCUACAACAGCUGUAUCAGUCGAAGAUGGACGAGUUGCGUGCAGAAGCUCAGCAACAAUCUGAAUCAACUGGGACAAUCUCACGUACAAAAGCAGCGAUAAGUCCAUCUGCAAGCCAACAGAUAUCAGUUACUAUAGUAACUGAGUUUGUGCGGUGGAAUGAGGAAGCAAUAUCUAGAUGUACUUUAUUCUCUUCACAGCCCACUAUCCUUGCAGGUAAUGUGAGAUCGGUGUUUGCCUGCUUAUUGGGACAAGUUAGCCAGUAUUUAACUGAAGGACUUGAGCGGGCCAGAGAGAGUUUAAAUGAGGCUGCAGCUUUAAGGGAUAGAUUUGUUAUUGGAGCAAGUGUCAGCAGAAGAGUGGCUGCAGCAGCUGCUUCUGCCGCCGAGGCUGCUGCUGCUGCUGGUGAGAGUAGUUUCAGAUCAUUCAUGAUUGCUGUGCAACGGUGUGCUAGUAGUGUGGCAAUACUCCAGCAAUAUUUUUCAAAUACUAUUUCUCGGCUCUUACCACCUGAUGCUCAUGCGGCGUCUCUUGAAGAGAUGGGCACAGCUGUCUCUAGUGUAGAGGGUGCUGCUCAGAAGGGUCUUCAACAGUGUAUUGAAACUGUCAUGGCUGAGGUUGAGCGAUUGCUGUCCGCAGAACAAAAGACUACAGACUACCGUACUCCUGAUGAUGGAAAUGCUCCAGACCAUCGGCCAACAAAUGCGUGCAUAAGAGUCGUAGCCUACUUGUCUCGUGUGCUUGAGUCUGCAUUCAGUGCUCUAGAAGGUCUCAACAAGCAGUCAUUUUUGACAGACCUGGGGAAUCGCUUGCACAAGGGGCUGAUUAACCAUUGGCAGAAGUUUACUUUUAGUGCAAGUGGUGGGCUGCGGCUGAAACGUGACAUCACAGAGUAUGGGGAGUUCGUUCGCAGCUUCAGUGCUCCUUCCAUUGAUGAAAAUUUUGAAUUGUUGGGCAUAGUGGCAAAUGUCUUCAUUGUGGCACCCGAAAGCCUUGCUUCCCUGUUUGAGGGUACUCCAAGCAUCAGGAAAGAUGCAUUGAGGUUCAUUCAACUUAGAGAUGACUUCAAGACUGCUAAAAUCUCAUCCAUGCUCAACAGCUUGAAGACGGACUCAUAGUUUCAAUAGAACAGAAGCAGUAGCACAAAGAGUCACUCAGUUUGUAGAAUCGGAGCAAAUGGAAGCUGCCACAUUUGGAAGUUCUGGCUGUCGGGAGUGUCCACUACUAUCAGGUGGUCGUUGAUUCUCACUAGUGUUCAUGAAUUAGAAAACUAUUUCCUUCCAGUAUUUUGUUGUAAUUAAUUUUGCCCACUUCGUGUUAGUUUUGCAUUACAACGAAUAGAUGUCAUUUCUUUUAACUGAUGUUUGCACUAUUGUUUGAGUGGAUAACGUGCAAUAGAUGUCAUUUCUUUUAA